AUGCAGGCACAUGCAGCCUCUGAAAGAGCUGGGGAAGCGGCUGCGGCGGGCGCAGCGCGCGUCCAGGCAGCAACAGAUGCGGCCAUGCUCGAAGCACGAUCUUUUCAAGCCGACGUGACCCGGAGUCUUAAUGCCAACGCGCUGGGUAAGCCGAUUUAUCUGAGCGUUUUGACGCAUGAUCUAAACCCCUCGUUACUGCAAAAGCAAAACGGUGCUCUCGACGCGACAAUGAAGGAGGUGUGGACGAAAGCGUACAAACGUACCUACGGGCACAUGCCGGAAAGUGACUCUCUGAGUGUCAAGGCCACGCUCCAGGACCUGAUGAAUAAGAUAAGUGACAUGUCGAAGCAAGGUCUCGCCGGCGGGCGCGCGCAGACGUGCCGGCUGAUAGCCAGAAUGGCUGGCCUUGAAACGCAGAAUAACGAGCAGAGCCCUCUGGUGCCCGCUCCAAACCCCAACGAGGCCGUGCGCAAGAUGAUCGAAGCCUUACAGAUCGACAAGACGGAGCAAGAGCAUUCUCUGCGCCUGUUCGGCUAUGAGGGGCAGUGGGAAAUGAAGAAGGCGGUGCACGACUUCAUGCACCUCGACAAGGAGGAGGACCCCUUGCACAACUGCACGCCCAGAUUCCGAAUGGAAGUACAAGAUCCUUCUUUCCAGAGGUGGAAAGA